AUGCCACCAGCCUCCAGCUACAAUCCAGACAGUAUGUCCGCCGAGAAAAAAUUCGAAUUCGAGCGCUGGUAUGCCAACAAGGUCCACAAUAACUACACCUUCCAUCUGAAAAGGGACAUGGAGGCUUACUGCAUCAGCGACGUCAAGCUCCUCAAAGCGGGCUGCCAGAAAUUCCAAGAGCAGUUUAAGCAAAAGGCCAGCUUUAACCCCAUGGAAAAAUGCUACACGAUCGCCUCUUCAUGCCACCGGUUCUGGUGCAAGAAACUACUCACUCCCGACACCAUCGCCUCUGAACCUCCUGGCGGCUGGCACGGGGCUCAAUCCAACCAGUCCGCCAAGGCCUUUAAUUGGCUAGCAUGGCAGGAACACCUUCGUUGUCACAGCCCCAACCACGACGAGCCUCGUGCAGACCACAUGAAGCAUGCCGACAAUGGGGGUGAGCAACGAGUGGCAAAUGUCCUGGUAGAUGGCCUGGAUGUACACAACAACACUGUGUACCAAUUCCACGGCUGUCUCUGGCACGGGUGUCCUCGCUGUUUCCCCCGCCAACGGGACAGAUAUCCCAUCUGCCACACCGAUCGCACCCUAGAAGAAGUCUACGAGCACACGCUAAAGAAACAGGCCCUUCUCAAGCAGCACGGCUACCAUCUCAAGAUCAUUGGCAGAACCAGUGCCGUGCGUCUUCACCACUCCGUUGACCAGAACCAGGCCAAACAAAUCAAAUACGGGGACGUGACUUCCUUGUACCCAUGGGUCAACAAGACUUGCGAAUACCCCGUUGGACAUCCUGAGAUCCUCACCAACCCCACCGACCAAGACAUCCACCACUACUUCGGCACGGCCUACAUUGACAUCCUUCCACCUCCACACCUUUACCAUCCCGUGCUACUGCAUCGCCAGACCGGUAAACUCAGCUUUCCUCUGUGCCGCUCCUGUGUCCAAGACCAAAUGCCACUUCCUCAGCGGGACAAAUUGUGGAGGUGCUCGCACACGGAGACUCAAUGCGCCUUGCGCGGAACUUGGUGCACGCCUGAAAUUCAAGAAGCUGUUCAACAGGGGUACAUCGUCCUGCACAUUCACGAGGUGUGGCAUUUUCCCCCAAAGCAAAGACGCAAGGGUCUCUUUGCCGACUAUGUCAACACCUGGCUAAAAAUCAAACAAGAAUCUGCUGGGUACCCCAGCUGUUGCCUCACCCCAGACGACAAAUUACUCUACGUGCGCCAAUACAAAGAAUGA